ACCGCAGCAGCGAGUCGAGCCGCCGAGGUAAACUGAGCACGCCGCUGCUGCUCUCCUCCACUUCUCCGCUCCUCACCGACCGGUGCACAGCAACGACGCUUCAAGCUAGCUGUCCUUCAUCUCCCUCCCCGUUAUUAGGAAAGUCACUCUUUGCUUCUUUACCUGUUGGACGAAAAAGCCAUCAUCAUGUCUAAAGGUACCGUGAUUCUGGCAUACAGCGGCGGACUGGACACCUCCUGUAUUCUUGUGUGGCUGAAGGAACAGGGCUACGAUGUCAUUGCAUACUUGGCCAAUAUUGGACAAGAUGAAGAUUUUGAUGCUUCCCGGAAAAAGGCAGAGCACCUUGGAGCAAAAAAGGUUCUCGUUGAAGACCUGCGUGCCGAGUUUGUGGAAGACUACAUCUGGCCCUCUAUUCAGGCCAACGCCAUCUAUGAGGACCGAUACCUGCUGGGCACCGCAAUGGCUCGGCCCUGCAUCGCCCGUCGUCAGGUUGAGAUUGCACGCAGGGAGGGUGCCCAGUUUGUGUCCCAUGGUGCCACAGGAAAGGGCAAUGACCAGAUCCGUUUUGAGCUCACAUGCUAUGCCCUCUACCCUGAGGUUAAGAUCAUCGCACCGUGGAGGAUCCCUGAGUUCUACAACCGCUUCCAAGGAAGAGCAGACCUGAUGGAAUAUGCACAGAAACACAGCAUCCCUGUGCCCGUCACUCCUCAGGCACCCUGGAGCAUGGACGCCAACCUCAUGCAUAUAAGCUACGAGUCUGGCAUCCUGGAGAAUCCCAAGAGCCACGCUCCUGUUGACCUGUACCAGAUGACCAAGAACCCAGAAGAUUCUCCCACUACCCCCGAUGAACUGGAGAUCGAGUUCAAAAACGGAGUGCCUAUCAAGGUGAUCAAUAUGAAGGAAAACAAAACCAAGGACACACCACUGGAACUCUUCACAUACCUCAAUGAGAUCGGAGGAAAGCACGGAGUGGGCCGCAUCGACAUCGUGGAGAACCGUUUCAUCGGCAUGAAGUCCAGAGGGAUCUAUGAAACCCCAGCAGGCACAAUCCUGAGGAAGGCCCAUUUAGACAUUGAGACCUUUACCAUGGACAAAGAGGUCAGGCGGAUCAAACAGGCGCUGGGUAUCAAGUUCUCUGAGCUCGUCUACAAUGGUUUCUGGUUCAGUCCGGAGUGUGAAUUUGUGCAACACUGCAUAUCCAAGUCCCAGCAGAAUGUUGAGGGCAAAGUACAGCUGUCUGUCUUCAAGGGUCAGGUCUACAUCCUGGGAAGAGAGUCACCCAAGUCCCUGUACAACAAAGAGUUGGUCAGCAUGGACGUCCAAGGAGACUACGACCCAUGCGAUGCCUCCGGAUUCAUCAAGAUUAACGCCGUCAGGCUAAGGGAGCAUCACCGUCUGCAGGGUCUCUCCGGCACCAAGCAGUAAACUUUUACAGUCCUGUGAACCAUCUUCCUCUCUCUCACUCUCCUUUGCCUUAAGCAGUAGUAGGUUUAGACUUUGCGCCUCCAUUGUUUAGAUUUUACCUUACUGUCUGCAGUUAGUUAUGACAGCAUUUGGAUACCUAAAAUACUAACAAGCUUUGUUCACCGGUGAAGAGUGGAGGAAGAAAAAUGUUACAUCAUAACAGGAAAAUAAUUUUAAUUCAAGUGUACAGAUAAUCCUAACAUAGAUUGUGUAGUAUUUCAAGAAUAUGUAUUUUUUUGCCAUUCUUGGCAUCAAUGAUUCAGUACUUUAAAUACUAACACUAAAACAAGGAAUUUUUUGUUUCAGAAAUAAAAAAUCAGUGAAUUCUUUA